AUUAGUGUAUGAGAAGCGGCAAAUCCUAAGACGGAGGUUAGUUUCUGAGUGGCAGCAUGAGCAUGGAAUCCGAAUCCAAGAACGACACCGAAGUCGCUCCGGCCUUAAUCGCCGUUCACCCCGACCAAUCCUCCGUCGCCGUCGCUGUGGGCCCGCACCUCCGCGUCUUCGACCUCCUUAGCGGUUCUGCAGCUUCUUUAACCGACGAUUCUGAUUGCGCCCCGCUCCAUAAGAACAACAUCAGAGCCAUUCGCUUCGGCGCCAAAGGAAAACUAUUCGUGUCCGCCGGUGACGAUAAAACAGUCAAGGUCUGGUCAACACAGUCCUGGCGUUGCAUCACCACCGUGUCCUCCGAGAAGAGAGUUACUGCAGUUGCAAUUAGCAACGACGGAACAUUCGUGUGCUUCGCCGACAAAUUCGGCGUUGUUUGGGUUGUGGAUGUUGAUCCUCCGUUACACGAUAAGAAACCGGCACCGCUUCUUUCUCACUAUUGCAGUAUCAUCACUAGCUUGGAAUUUUCACCGGAUGGUCGUUUUAUUUUAAGCGCCGAUCGUGAUUUCAAAAUUCGCGUUACUAAUUUUCCCCAGAAGCCCUUAAAUGGAGCUCACCAGAUACAAAGUUUCUGUCUCGGUCAUACAGAGUUUGUUUCCUGCCUUGCCUUCAUUCAGGCUCAGGAAUGCCCUCAAGGCCUUCUUCUCUCUGGCAGUGGUGAUUCCACAGUUCGAUUGUGGAAUAUUGACUCUGGAGCACUUCUAGAUACUUGUGAGGUUGCAAUCAAGGCAGGGCUUUUAGAGUCUAAUGGUAAAGCAGAGGAGCAUGGCCAUGCUGUUAUUGAUUUAUGCACUGUCCUGGAUGGUUUGAUUGUUGCAGUGGCCAUUCAGAGCUUGCAAGGAAUAGUAUUGCUGAGUUGCAAUGUUUGUGCACAAACUCUUUCUUUUGCCAAGGUGGUUUCUGUUGCUGGAGAGGCCUUUGUCCCUACCUGCUUGGGGAGCAGCCCCUCUAUAAGGAAAUUGUGGAUGGUUACAGGUGUCUCUGGUCUACCUGGUUGUAAUUAUCUCUCUUUGGCUCGUGUGCGAGUAAUUUCUGGUAUUGAUGUUGAGCAAGAGCCAGUUGUUCCGGGAGAUGAUAACAUACCCGGGGGAGAAAAACUACUAGAAACGCUGCAAGGAUCUGCAUCCGUUGAUGACAGUGCUUUUCUAGCAACAGCUGAAGCUGUCAAAACAGCAAUGUGCAACCUAUUGAUAAAAAAACAAUACCCUUCAGAGAAUAGAGAAUAUAGGAAGAAAAGCAGAAAUGAUAGAAAACUAAAGGGCUAGUUAUCACUUUAUUUAUUUUUGUUUUAUUAAUAUAUGAAGCAGCUUAGCACGGUUUUCUUGAUCACAAGUUUCCUAAGACUAUUUUGACAAUCCAUUUAUUUUGUGAUAAUCUGUGCAUCUGAAAUAUUAAAACCAGAUCGCCAUCAAUUUUGUGCUCGGUCUUUUUAAAUUGUCCUUAACAUGUAAUUGUGAUUCAUUGAGUGCAGUGUAGUAAAAUUACAUUAACGA